AUGCCGUUUGAAAUCUGUGACAUCAGUUACCCCUACAUGUUCGACGCUCCUGUUGCUUGCAAGCUACUACGCUUCGUCGAGUCUAUUACUAUUAUAGCCUCGGCAGCUACGCUUAUAUGUGUUGCUUUUGAUCGCUAUUUCAAAAUCUGCCGGCCAUUUCAUAAAUUUCCCCUCCGCACGGCUCGUAUUCUUUGCUUUGUAUCAGUUGUACUAAGCCUUUUUAUGUCUUGGCCAGCACUGGUCAUCUUUGGCCGCAAAUCUAUCCCGACCUCCGACCCGAAUAUAACUGGAGUUGAGUGCACAGUUGACGACAAUAUUCGUGAUAGAGUUUACCCAACUUUAUAUUAUGGAACAUUAUUGGGCGUGUUCUUUAUCGCCUUGUGUAUCAUUACGACAUUGUACACGCUCAUUGGCAGGAUGGUAUGGAAGGUAAAAAGAACAACAAUUGGUGAAGUCAUAGAUAACACGCGACGGCCAAGCGCUGCCAGCCUACAAAUGACCCCAUCUUCGGGCAAUGUUUCCAAGGAAGAAAGACGAGGGUCGUUAGACAGUUUAUCGACACCGGUCCCGAAUUCACGUCAAGCUAUACGUGCCGGCCGGACAACAAUGAUCUUCAUCACUGUCACCGUCAUUUUUGUCCUCAGCUUCCUACCUUUUCUCACGGUGACACUGCUCAAGGCGGCCAAAGUUGCUUUCAAUGAAUUCGAAACACAUCAAGAGGAGCUGAUAUACAACGUAUGUGUGCGUUCUUAUUUUAUAAAUAACAGCGUUAACCCGCUCAUUUAUAGUGUGAUGAACAUUAAUUUCCGACGCGAAUGCUUGGCUAUCUUCAGACGUUCCUUCGAGGCUUGUCAGUCUCUUAAAAAGAUCAAAACAUUGCAAAAAAAGUGA